AUGACGGGGCUAGCCGAAGCUCUCUCUCGUUUUGUCACACCAAUUCCUCUCCUCAGUCCACCCAGCUCCCUUGGCUACCAGACAGACUCCGCCUUGCCCUCUCCUCCCCUCGUCCACAAUGGAGAUGACCUUGUCUUCCCGGGCGCGCGUCAAACGCAGCGAACCCGAGCUGGAGCUCGUCCUCCUCCGUCUCUCCCCUACUCCCUAUGUGUUAACAUCUAUCUUUCUCUCCCUCUAACGCCGCCAUCUUCUUUCCAGGAGCUCACGGUAGAACGCCGCCGUCGUAUUCGUCCGCAGCAUCGCGAACCACGUCGACGUCCGUAUCGUCAUCUGCGCCCUCGUCUGCACGUCCGCGUCAAGCCCCUGACCCGCGGCUGCCGCCCUCAACCUCUCCUUGUUCAGCUUCCGGCAUUGGAGUUCCAUCCGCCGGUCCGCGCCGACGACACGUUCGCCUCGUCCGCUUCGACGCCAGGAGUUCGUCCCUGUACACGCGCGCCGCGGACUGAGCCGCCCAGCUUCUGCCGUCCGCGACCGCCCACUCGAAUGCGAGUACUAUCAGAGAAAAAGGAGAGGAUCUUGGUGAGGAUUUCGAAGAGGAAGGAAGAGCAGAUGAUUCGUGAAGAUGAAGUCCAGGGACAAAUAGCCAACAAAGACUUGGUGGAGUUCGACAGAUGAAGAAGGAGUUGACGACGUCUAUGCGAGCUAGGCACAUCUUCCCAGUCAGUUGACUGUAGGGUUAUGGCAUGACUUGGGCCAUGCGAAUGCUUUCGUCUGAAGUAUUUCCGCUGUGUGAUUGUGGAUCUCCUGCCAUUGCGGCUCUUAUGUAAGUAUUGGUCAUAUGACAUGUUGUAAUCUUCUUAUUCGGUAUUGUAAUGGAUGAUGUAUUUGGU